AUGCCUUCCUCAGAUACCCCAUCUCGUCUAAUCAUCCGCCAAGGCGAGCCCUUCACUCCUAAAGAGCAAGAAAGCGCGGCUCAGAUCUUGCGGGAUGGAUUUUGGAAUUGCGCAUCUCCAAUAGUCCGCUUCCGAGCAUACAAUGACCAUCAAGCCUUACUCGAGCUCAUGCGGACUCGAGUCAAGGCGGCUGUACCCGUCGGGGGACUAGUCUUGUCUUUUCUAAGCGCAUCGAGCUCCGAUGACAGGGCUCCCGCAGGUCAUGGGAAGGAUCCGGUGAACAAAGGUGGAGGGGACAAGGGAUACGGACAGAUGGUCGGCGCGGUGUUGAUCUCCCUACCAGGAGAAGGCUUCACUCAGCUACAGAAGAACUAUGGCGAUGUCAAAUCUGAAGAGGAUGCAGCCCAGCCUUCCCGCGUGGAUGAGACGGACAUCCAGCGUCGAAGCAGACUAUGGGUCGAGCAGGACCUCGUCCCGUGGUUCAACGACUUUUCGAACCGGUCUCUCGGUCCAGGCGGACUCGAGAACUCGCUAUACAUCUCCCUAUUCGCCGUUCGGCGAGACUACCAAGGCAAGGGCCUAGGCAGGGAUACGAUGAAUCCUGUGAUGCGAUGGGGGGAUGAGAAGAGGUGGGGGAUGACGCUGUUUGAUCAUGAGCCUGAACUGGUCAAGUUUUACUCUUCUUUCGGCUUCGAAGAAGUCGGGAGGGAGACGAGGCCGUGUAAUGGGCAGGAUGUGACUUGGUGGGCUAUGAGGCGGGCUAAGCGUAUCGUAGCAUAG